AUGCCGCCGUCCUCCUCCUCCCCCUCCUCCUCCUCCUCCAGCCUGGCCGAACCCAAGUACUCCAGCCUGCACUCGUCGCCUGCCUCCAACUUGUCCCCGUCCAGCAGCAGCAGCAGCAGCGGCAGAGGCGGCAGCUCCGAGACGAUGUGCCGAGUGUACUUGCCGACAGCCCCGAGCAAUAUAUUCGGCGGGCUGGAUGAAAGUUUGGUGGGCCGAGCUGAGGCGCUGGCGGCGGUGGAGAUUGGAGCUGCGAGCAGCAAGAGCCAGCCGUUCAAGCCGGACGCCAGCUACCACACCAUGAACAGCAUCCCGUGCAGCUCCAGCUCGGCGUCCAUCAGCAGCCACCCCCCUGCCCUGCCCUCGCACCCGCACCACCCGCACCCGCACCACCCGCACCCGCACCCCCCCCAGCACCACCCCCAGCAGCAGCACCCGCACCACCACCCGCAGCAGCAGCAGCACCACCCGCCGCCCCAGAACCUGGACGGCGAGCUGCUGGAGCACAUGUCGCCGGGCCUGGGGCUGCCCACCAUCACCGGGCCGGACGGCAGCGUGGUGUCUCCCCCACCGCCACCCCCCCACAUGGCCGCCAUCAACCACAUGCACCAGGCCAUGAGCCUGGCGGCGGCCGCCGCUGCCGCCCACGGGCACGCUCACGGCCACGGGCACGGCCACGGGCUGGCCUCCCCGCACGGGGGGCUGGCGCCGGGCUGCCUGGGCGAGGUGGUGGACGCCGACCCCCGCGACCUGGAGGCGUUCGCCGAGCGCUUCAAGCAGCGGCGCAUCAAGCUGGGGGUGACCCAGGCGGACGUGGGCUCGGCGCUGGCCAACCUGAAGAUCCCGGGCGUGGGCUCGCUCAGCCAGAGCACCAUCUGCCGCUUCGAGUCGCUGACCCUGUCGCACAACAACAUGAUCGCGCUGAAGCCCAUCCUGCAGGCCUGGCUGGAGGAGGCCGAGAAGUCGCACCGGGAGAAGCUCAGCAAGCCCGAGCUCUUCAACGGCGCCGACAAGAAGCGGAAGCGCACCUCCAUCGCCGCCCCGGAGAAGCGCUCGCUGGAGGCUUACUUCGCCAUCCAGCCGCGGCCCUCCUCCGAGAAGAUCGCCGCCAUCGCCGAGAAGCUCGACCUCAAGAAGAACGUGGUCAGGGUCUGGUUCUGCAACCAGCGGCAGAAGCAGAAGCGCAUGAAGUACUCCGCGGGCCACUAG